AUGAGCUUUGCUAUCGGAGCAAAGAGCCCUUCUUCAAGCUUCCAGUUUUUUGGCAAUGGUAACGGUGCCAAUGGUGAAAAGGGCUUUUCUCGGGCAAACAAACGGGACGGAAGUCAGGGAAAUAAAUCACUCCGCAAAAAGAACCCUGUUCAAUUGAAACCAAUGCAAUCUGAUGGACCACCCAUCAAUUUUUCGGCAUCCAAAUCGCUACAGCAGCCUUCAGCUUCCCCUAAGAGAAACUCAAUCCCAAUAACGUCCAAAUCUUUCUUAAACUUAACUCCUGAAGAGCUUGGAUUCACGAAAAUCGCACACAGACCACGGGAAACACCAAAAUACUUGAUUGAACAGAAAGCCAGCCUCAAACCGCGCCCUUUUAUCCAGGAUCCAUGGGACUAUGAAAACCAACAAAAAAUGCUCGCUAUCGAAAGCAGAAUUUCAGAUCCCACUGAGCUGUGGGAGACAUUUAAAAAGAUGCGUGAGACGGAGCGACGGGUCAUGGAAGACAAAAAACUUGUGGAUCGCGCUGAUUCGGCAAAGGAUCUGAACGACGCCAUUGUCUUCCAAGGCACUUGCCAGGACAUGUGUCCCAUAUUCGAGCGGGCCCGCAGAAGUGUGGAAAACAACGUGGUGCGAUAUGAAAGAGAAGACGUAAACUCUAAAGCAAUUUCUAGAGCCAAGGCGCUCAAAGUCUUCGCUAGACCUGCAGCAGCAGCAGCCCCACCCCUACCCUCAGAUGUCAGACCCCCAGAAAUUCUUAUAACCACUUUGAACUACAUCGUGGACAACAUUGUAGUCAAACUGCCCGACUGCGAAGGAUUUCUUUGGGAUCGUAUGCGCUCCAUUCGGCAAGAUUUCACGUAUCAAAAUUACAGCGGUCCCGAAGCGGUAGAUUGUAAUGAAAGAAUUGUUCGCACACAUCUGCUCAUAUUACAUGUUAUGGCAACAAGUGAGGUCGAAUAUAGUCGACAACAAGAACUAGAACAGUUGCACAAAGCUCUGAUUACGCUCUCCGAAAUCUACGAUGAAGUUCGCGCCAGUGGAGGCCAAUGCCCCAAUGAGGCCGAGUUUCGCGCAUAUUCCUUGUUGAGUAGAAUAAGGGACCCGGAAUACGACAAGAUGGCACAAUCCCUACCAAAAGCGAUUUUUGAUGACAGAUUGGUACAAAUUGCAUUAUGUUUCCGCAGGAUACUUUCAAACUCAACAUUCUCGGAGCGGGGUCAUAUCAAGACCGAAAAUGGCCUGAAUUUAUACAGAAGGUUUUUUGAGCUGAUCCGAUCAGACGACGUUCCCUUUAUGAUGGCAUCUUUCUUAGAGGUUCACCUCAAUGAGAUUCGGUUUUAUGCGCUCAAAUCUCUUUCUCAUGCAAUUAACAAGAAACACAAGCCAUUCGCGCCGGAGUUCCUGGUUUCUGAGCUAAUGUUCAACAGUGUGGAUGAGCUCUUCAAAUUUUGCGAUCAUUACUCGAUUGAAGUAGAUGCGGAAGGUGUGAAGUUGACUUCAUUUUCUCACCACUCGCACGUAAUUUCAGAGACUACCCCACUCAAGCAAAGCUAUUUGAAGGUGGUUGGUGAGAAAUUAGUCAUGUCUAGUCCAAAAGAAUUAAUCAACUGCGGAAAGCACAACUUCGAUACCAUUCCGCUGCGUAGCGUGAACGUCGCGAACGAAAAUCAAAGUUCGAAUAACCCAAUCCCGGCAUUUACGUCUAUUGGUGCAGGAGAUUUGACGUCUGCGGUAAGUACCGAGUGGCCUGCUGCUGCUACAAGUCCACAGUUCAGUUUUCAGAUAGGACCUAAAAGUGAUAGUACUGGAAGAAAUUUAGGUCCAGGAGGCACUGCAACGAAUAUCAUUACUAUAGCCCACAAUGUAGAGGCGUCAAAAGAAAAACCACAAAUCAUCAAAAAAGAUGAGCAAAAUAUAAGAAAAGAAGUGCUUGGUUUCCAUAGCCAAGAUCGAAACGAAAAAAUACAACGGGAAAAGGGAAGUUCGCCAGGAAUUGGAGAAGUAAAGGAGAACAAAGACUUACGACAAUUGCAGCGUAAUGAAGCGAGUCAAGUAGAUGCUGAAAGGCAACAAAAGGCGGCUCGUGAUAGGUUACAGUUGAAAGAAUUAAAAAUGGUGGCAGAAAGUAUGAUUCAAAAUGUUGUACAUGACGAAGUUUUGACGAUCGUAGAAAGGUCUUUGGCCUCGAGUUCCAAGAAAAGACGGAUUGUCCAAGGGCUUGCGGAAGAUUUAUUUCAGGCAUUCUUACAUGAGAAACUUUUUCUUUUGACUCUUGAGGCGAAAGCGGAGCGAUCUUUCAAUAAGACCUUACUGAAGCAAGCGAUGAAAAUCUGGAGAGGAAAACAUACCAAGAGGAAUGAGCAAAGGAAAAUCGAAAAGAAAAGGCGCGAAGAACUCAUCCAGGUCAGCAAAUGUCUCGGUGUUCCGCUAAGUAAACGGUAUCGCAUUGAUUCAACGCCAACCUUCACUUCUUCAUUUUCGCUACCACCUGCAAAUCAAAGUCAAUUGAUGCACACACCGGUCGCUAAUGAGAUUAGCCAAUUUAAAACACCAGUGCAUGGAAAUAACGCAAUCUGGAAGCCAAUCAACUUGAAAUCGUUAUAUCUGAGCGUUAUAGAGAGAAAUUUGAAUAAGGUAUGCUCUGAACACCAAAUCGAUUUACCUAAACCAAUGUUGAUAGAACUGUCGAUAUUUGCAAGGAAUUGGGAUGGCAUAUCAUCACGGUGGUUGCUAGCUAAAUUUGAUUUACAGAACACCCGCAAAACGAUGGUUUCAUCUAAUGACCAUAUUAUAAACCUAGCUGUCAGCGCGUUGAAUUUCGACUUUACAAGCAGGGAAUAUGAGAAUUUGCAAUUACUCGUGUUCAAUAGCGGUGUGACUGAAAAUGAUAUUUUUGACCUUGAGGUCAAACUGAAGCAAGACGGAGAGAAGCUUAUUGAGCUUAUCCAUGCAAUUGCGCUCCACACUAAUUACAAGGUGUCAAUCGUAGUCCUGUACUGGGAGUCCACCGAAAAUCCACUUUCUGACAAACAGAUCUCGAGAUUACUUAAACUUGACCGUAUUUCCGAGAUCUUUGCGGCUGCUUUGAAAAAUGUACAUCUUGUAAAGCUGGCGGGCGAUAGUCCACAUCGGAUUUUGGAAGAAAACCUGGCAAAAAUCGCGGAGUCUUCUAACCUGGAACUGACUGAGCGGGGCAACUACAACCUGGCCAUCCGUAGUAGGAGCUUGCAGGCAAGUUCAUCGACACCCGGAAGCUACCGGACCGCGCGGGAGAUUGAUUACAAGCUUUCCAAGGCCUUAGAAGAAGAAGUCCAACGAUACCAGCAAGAGCGGGACCGGAACAACACGUAUGCGCACCUGCAGUCGCAUGUGGCUGCAUCUCCACGAUCGCGUCGCAGAAAGCUGCCUGUAUUGCUGUCAGAUCGCCAUCGAAACCGUUUCAAGACUCCAUUGGCUGUGCGGCCGUUCGUCAAACGCACUUCGUCGACAUCGUCGACGUCCUCUGCUCUGUACUCCGAGCCCUCCCAUCUGGCAGCCAAAAUAAAAACCGAAAGGCCUCGUUCUGAGGCUACCAGCUCGCAUUGGGCGUCCCCCGUUCCAUCUCGAACACAGCCAGAAGUCGCUACGGCGGUGACCCCAUCUAUGUCCAUGCCAAUUGCGAAUACCAGCGGUAUUUCCAAUGUUACCUUUGACUCCCCAUUUGCCACACCGACCCUCAGAAUGGCUCCGUCGUCUAUAACAGUUCCGCAAGACACCGAGUCGAGUGUGUCAGAAUUACGAAAUUUGGUGGCCUCUGUUAAAAAACGUUUGAGCCACACAUUUAACUCAUAA